GCAGGUGCCCAUGGACACAGCCAGGCCUGCCCUGAAAUUGCUGCUCCUUCCUCCUCCCUUGAGAGUCUUCAGUCCCUUGGCUCUAUGUCCCAUUAUGCAUCUCACCUGGGCCCUUCAGUGCUGCUGCUCACAUCAUCUGCCUUCUUUCCCAACAUCGGGAGCCUCCUGGCUGCCCCUGGCUCCAUCACUCAGGACCUGAGUGAGGAGACAGCUCUCAAUGUUCUGCAGCUCUUCCUGGAGCAGCUGGCCCCAGGCUGGCCCCCAUUUCGUCUUGAGGACUUCCUUGUGAGUAUCCCUGGGUCCCGUCACAUCCCAGACGCCUCCUACUUUGGACUGGAGUCCUCGUCCUGGCAGUUCCAGGCAGCCUCAGGUGAGGUGUCUCAUGCCAGUGCAGAUGUGUCUCAUGCCUCAUGCCAGGACUUCCUGCCAACUUUCAGGAAUGACCCUGACCUACACUUCAUCGAUGCUGAGCAGUUGGGCCAGGGGCACACGCCUGGUUGGGCUCUGCAGGAGACCCCAGUGGUGGCUACAGCUCUUGGCCACACCCAGCCUGCCAGUGCCUUGGGGCAGCUCUCCGUGCCUUUUUUUUACUUCUCCCCUCCAGAUCCCUUUCCCAGCCCAGGAAAAUGUAGCCAUGGGGGCCAUCUUGACCAGAGCAGUUCCCAGCUACCACAGAGAGGCAUCAGUAAGGACUGCACAGCCCUGGGCUUCUCCCCCUCCCACAAGCUCUACCUCCAGGCUGCAAAACUGGCCCCUCUGGCCUCCAUCCGGGCCUUUAGCCUCCUGUGAAGAUGCCUGGGACAGAGGACUUCUCCAGGUGAGUGGCCUCCUGGACAUGGGCUCCCUAGGCCGUUGCACAUCACCCCAGCCUCCAGUCUCAGUUUUGUCCUGGACACCACGGGCAGUGUGGGCAAGGAGAUCAACGCUGCCAAAAUCCAGGCUCACCACAUUGUGGAGCAUCAACAGGGCAGCCCCACAGUUCCUGUCCACUAUGUCCUGGUGCCUUUCCAUGACCCAGGGUUUGGUCCUGUCUUUACAACUAGUGACCCUGAUAGGUUCUGGCAACUCAGUGAGAUCCAAGCUUUGUGGGGUGGAGAUGAGCCUGAGAUGAGCCUGUCAGUCCUCGAGCUGGCCCUGCUGCACAAACCUCCACUCUCAGACAUCUUUGUCGUCACUGAUGCCUCCCCCACAGAUACCUUUCUCACCAACCGGGUGGAGUCCCUGACUCGUGACCGACACGGCAGAGUGAGCGUAGCCUGUAAUAUUCUUGUGACUGAAGACCCAUUAUGGGGUCAGGGCCGAGCUCGUGAGGUCUUGUCCCCUCUGGUUUUUGAGCCAUAUGACAUGGUAGCCCUGGUCCCUGGAGGGGAGGUGAUCUUCACCAAAGAUAAGCACAUCCCAGCUGUUGCUGGGGACAGUAUGGCUGACCUGGUAACUUGCUCCCUGGAACCUCCUGCUGUGGUGCUUGGGAGGCCUGUGUUCAGUGCGGAUGGACUGCUCCAGAGGGUCGCAGUCUGGACCCACGGGGAGGCCGGCAGCUUCUGAAUCAGGAACCAUGCAGAUACUUCCACGUGUGUGCCUCAAGGGGUUCCCCAGGGCCAGGAGGAAGUCCAGGGGUCUCUAGGUCAUGCCUGCUGCUCUAGACAGUUCUGGAUGGUGACCAUGAAUGAUCCCAUGACAAGGACCUGGGAGAUUCAGGUCACAGCCCAGGGCACCCCCCUAGUGAGAGUGCAAACUCAGAGAGCAAUGUCAACCUUCCUAGACUUUGGGAUCCUGAUGGAGAAUGGCCCCCACCCUGGCCUCUGCCCCCUGACUCAGCCAGUUGCAGGCACAUCUAUUCCCCACCAACCCCAAUUUCUGGUAGAAGUGACAGGGUUGGACUCUAGAGGUCACCCCAGUCAUCCUCUGCCUCACAUCUUCCACGUCAAUCCUUUGAUGGGUCCGCGGGGUGCUGAGCUGGGCCAAGUGCCUUCGGAGGCCAGGGAAGCCCAUGAGCAAGGUCUCGUCACAGCCUCGCUUCUGUCCAUGCUUCUGGCUACCCCCAAGUCCUUCUCUGGAGCUGACUGGCCAGGAUGGAGGAAGGGCGUCCUGCAUCUGGCUGCCCCCCAGCCUGGCAAUGUGGUCCGGGCCCUUUGGGAGCUCUGGGGACCUUCCGGUUUCCUGGCUGGAUCCCCCCAAACUCGCCCGCCAGCCCUUCACAUCGCCAGCUUCUCUGGCCCUCAGGAUCUUGAUAUUGGAGCAUCUGUCAACUCUAGCUUCGCUCUCACUUCCAACCUCUCUAGGAUUUCUUGGGAAAUGAGUAAGUCCCCCUGGGGGCGCCUAGGCUGGAGGUUUUCUUUCUCAUGCACUUGUCUCUUCUCUUAA